AUUUCUUGCAGAUCUUUUUCUAUCCAAAGGCGAUUUGCCUAUAAGACUAUCCUACUCCACAAGUCUGCAAUCUCAACCUUCUGUGCUGGUAACCCUGUAAAUGAAAAUCUUUCAUCAAAUUUCUUAGUUCGUCAAAUUUUAAAAUCUAUUUCUAUUGCAAACCCGAAAGAGAUUAAAUCCCCGAUUUGGGAUUCUCAAUUACUAAUUAACUGGCUUUCCAAGGGCACUUCAAACCUCUCUCCAUUCGAAUUAUCAAGAAGAUCAGCUACCUUAUUACUCUUAGCUUCAGGCAGAAGAAUUCACGAUCUUACUCUUUUAAAAAUCUCCCCGAAUUACUUAAUUAAUCUUGGUAAUGAAAUCAUUUUGUGGCCUGUUUUCGGUUCAAAAACAGACCGAUCUUCUUUUCGCCAAUCCGGCUGGAGACUUUCUCAUCACCCAAAUAAAUGGCUGUGUCCUAUCACAAUGAUUAGAGCCAUGCUAAAGAAGUCAGAAGACAGAAGAAAAAGCAAAGAAUCAUUAGAUGAUCUGUUCAUUUCCCUUUCUGGUCCAGUCAAGUCAGCUACGAAAACAAUGAUUGCUGGUUGGGUCCGAUCCGUACUAAAAGAGGCAGGAAUAGAUACUUAAUAUGUUCAAAAUACAGUAUUAGUAAAGUUACUUACUCUUUGUUUUUUUAUUCUAUGACUAUUUACAUUUUAAUUACAUAUAUAUUUUUAUAUUCUAUAUAUUUAAUAAUCACAUAGCGUUGAGUUAACCAGUAGAUA